AUGGCUGACCGACGACGCAUCAAUGGCCCAGGAGGCAGCACCGUCCCUCCUGUUUUCGAGGCUGACGAAACCACCGCUUCAAGCCGUACCCGCGCGGCAAAUGGCAUUAGGGCACAAUAUCUCAAAACUGGAAUUACACCGUCUGCCUCUGGCUCAGCAUAUCUUGAAGUCGAAUCGCAAGAUGGAUCUGGCAGCAAAGGAAUGAAACUCACAUGCACUGUUCAUGGGCCCAGGUCUUUACCUCGAUCAGCGCCCUUUUCACCUCAUAUGGUCCUCUCUACACAUGUUAAGUAUGCACCUUUCGCGACGCGCCAACGGCGAGGCUAUCUCCGCGACUCAAGCGAACGUGAUUUGAGCACGCACCUUGAGGCAGCUCUGCGUGGUGCCAUCAUUGCAGAUCGGUGGCCCAAGAGUGGUGUCGACGUGAUCGUCACGGUCGUUGAGGGAGACCAGGCUAGGCAGGUAGCUGUCGAACAAGGAAGCGAGGAAUGGGAUAUGAUGAAUGUCCUCAGUGGCUGCAUCACAGUAGCGGCAGCUGCUCUUGCUGAUGCGGGUAUUGAUUGUGUCGAUACGGUCUCGGGGGGUGUUGCAGCGCUUGUGCCUGGGCAAGACAACGAUGAACCCGUCAUGGUGCUUGAUCCAGUCCCCUCAGAGCACCCCCAGAUCCUUGCGGCUUGCUGCGUGGCGUACCUUCCUGCACGAGACGAGAUCACAAACCUUUGGCUCAAAGGAAGCUUGUCGUCGUCAGAUUCAAAUCUCCAACGAGGCCUUGUCGCUCGAGCCGUACAUGCAAGCAAGGGUGCCAACCUCGCAGUGGCCACAUCACUCAGCGAGUCAAUCCUCGCGGGUUGA